UCGUAUUGGCCACAUAUUCUGGCAUUCAUGUGCCUGACAAUAGCUAGCAGAAUGGGGUGGGACUGAAUUUUUGUUGAACGGAUUGACGUAGGGUCGUAGUAAUCGAUGCAAUGACCAUAAUAGCAAUACGUACCUCCAUGUGUUUUGGAAAUAUUUUACCUUUAUUGUCUUACGUAUUAUGAAAUAUAAUUGGUAAAUGCUAGAUAAUUGCUAGCGUUCAGUCGAGGCAGGGUUUCUUGUAUCUCGAUCGUUGGUUUUGGUGAAGAAGACGCAGGUUUCACAAGCGCAUUUUAUCUGACAACAACUGAAGCAAUGAAGGUGACUGUGGAUUUUGAAGAUUGUCUGAAAGACUCUCCACGAUUCCGAGCGACCAUCGAGGAGGUGGAGACAGAUGUGGGGGAGUUAGAGUCCAAACUAGACAAGCUAGUCAAGCUUUGUAUUGGGAUGAUUGAUGCUGGGCGGGCAUACAUCGUGGCCAACAAGCAGUUUGUUAAUGGUAUCAGAGACCUCGCUCUGCAGUCCACUAGAGACGUGGUUAUUGAGUCGAGUUUAACCAAAUUUGCUGAAAGUCUCCAAGAGAUGAAUAACUACCAUACAAUUUUAUUCGAUCAAGCUCAGAGAUCAAUAAAGUCUCAGCUCCAGACAUUUGUGAAGGAGGACCUUCGGAAGAUCAAAGAGACCAAGAAGCAGUUUGACAAGGUCAGCGAGGAGAAGGAGGUGGCUCUGGUGAAGAACGGUCAGGUUCCUCGGAACAAGACACACGAGGUGGAGGAAGCCACCAACAUCCUCACCACCACGCGAAAGUGCUUCCGCCAUAUUGCCCUAGACUAUGUGCUACAGAUCAAUGUCCUCCAGUCUAAAAGAAGAUCUGAGAUCCUAAAAUCGAUGCUGUCCUUCAUGCAAGCUCAUCUCAGCUUUUUCCACCAAGGCUAUGACCUAUUUAGUGAACUUCAACCGCUUAUGAAACAGCUCGGUAUACAGCUGGAUCAGCUUGUGGUUGAUGCUGCAAAAGAGAAAAGAGACAUGGAACAGAAACACUCAUCUAUCCAGCAGAAGGCAGCACUGCAAGACCUAUUCAACGAGGACACUAAGCUAGAGUACAAUGUGGACACAGAGAAUGGGAUUGCCAUGGAAGGUUACCUGUUCAAGAGGGCUAGCAAUGCCUUUAAAACAUGGAAUAGGAAAAAAGCUGAUAAUAACAGGCGCUGGUUCUCCAUUCAAAAUAGUCAGCUGGUUUAUCAGAAGAAAUUUAAGGAUAACCCCACUGUGGUUGUGGAGGACCUGCGGCUGUGCACCGUAAAACAGUGUGAAGACAGUGAGCGACGCUUCUGCUUUGAAGUGGUAUCCCCCACAAAGAGCUGCAUGAUGCAGGCGGACUCUGAAAAGCUGCGGCAGGCCUGGAUCAAAGCUGUGCAGGACAGCAUCGCCACAGCCUUCAGGGAGAACGGAGAGGAGCCUGUGACAAAGCUUGAUCGCAGGUCCUCUGCAUCACUGGGCAGUCUGGACUCGGGGGGCGACACCAGGUCCAUGAAGGGAGAGAGCGCCCUCCAGAGGGUGCUGGCCAUACCAGGCAAUGAGACCUGUGCCGACUGUGGGCAGCCUGAGCCCCGCUGGGCCAGCAUCAAUCUGGGCAUCACGCUCUGCAUCGAGUGCUCCGGCAUACACAGGAGUUUGGGUGUGCACAACUCCAAAGUCAGGUCCCUUACACUAGACUCUUGGGAGCCUGAACUGUUGAAGUUAAUGUGUGAGCUUGGAAAUGGAGUCAUAAACCAGAUCUACGAGGCCCGCAGGGAGGAGAUGGGAAGCAGGAAGCCUCAGCCUGCAGACCCUAGACAGGAGAUUGAGGCUUAUAUCAGAGCUAAGUACAUAGAGAGGAAGUUUGUCCUGAAGCCUUCUGCCAUGGAGCAGAGGGCAAAGGUCAUUAGCCUGAGCAAGCAGGAUAAGCAGCCGAGAAGCUGUGCCGAGUUCUUACCUCCACGACCGCCUCCACCCACCCCGAAGCUCCGCACGGCCUCCAGCACCUCAGUAGCAGCUACUGGCCAUGAAGCUCGCCGUGAUUCACUCUUCUGUCCUGAUGAGCUUGACUCACUCUUCUCCUACUUUGACACUUCCUCAAAGCUGCGGAGUUUGAGGAGUGCGGAUAGUGGCAUACAAAACAGUGCGGAUGGCAGUCGGGAAAUGCUGGCCUCAACUCCCUCUAGUAACAGCCUCAGUGAGCCAGAGCCUGAGUCUGAGUCCCCAGUGGCGUUGCAGCGGGGCGAGUCUCCCCCAGUGUUCUCAGAGCUGACAGACUUCUCGUCAGACCUGCUGCUCUACUGGGCUUCCUGCGCCUGUAGUCUCCCAGACAUGGCGGAGGCCAUGGCACAGGGAGCCGACAUCAACUGGGUCAACGCAGAAGACAGCAAUAGAACACCGCUCAUACAGGCUGUACAAGGGGGCUCACUGGUCACCUGUGAGUUCCUCCUUCAGAAUGCUGGCAAUGUGGACCAGCAGGAUAUCCGUGGCCGAGGUCCACUGCACCAUGCCACUAUUCUGGGCCACACAGGUCAAGUGUGCCUGUUUCUGAAGAGGGGAGCCAGACAGAGUGCUGUCGACACUGAUGGCAGAACCCCACUGUCCAUCGCUGUGGAGGCAGCCAAUGCGGACAUAGUCACUCUGCUGCGUUUGGCUAAGAUGAAUGAGGAGAUGCGGGAGACGGAGGGAGCGUUUGGCCAGCCAGGUCAAUAUUCCCCCCACAGCACUCAAACUGAGCAGCAGUACAAGAAAUGCAUACAGGAGUUUAUUACUCUUCAGCUGGACGAGUCUUAAGCCAAUAGUUUAUUACUCUUCAGCUGGGCGAGACUUAAACCAGCUAAUUAACAGUUAACAGUUCAUUUUAUUAUUUGCAUAUCAAUUGGCAACAAGACGAGCAUAUCAAUUCAACCAUACCCAAUACCUCAGCCAGACUAGAGCACUAUAAAUCUGAAAUCAGUGACAUGCAAACUGUACAUGCAAACAAGCCUCAGCAUCUUGGCAUGUUAUGUGUGCCCAUGUUGGCUAGCAGAAUGAUCAUGAUAUGAUUAUGAAUAUGCAUACACAUGAAGUUUGUAUGUUUUCCAAUAUUGGGGUCUCAGUAUUGAAUUUUUAACCCCUCACUGUACUGGUGCUUGUUUCCAACCUGUUCUGCAGGUUGACUGUUUUUGAAAAAAUGUAUGCAUUUUUAAUCAUUCAAGUUCAUGGAAUCGGAUAGUGAUACACCUACGUAUAUUGUGACCUCCCGCUUGAUUGGGUUGUAAGGACUUCAUGAUUCCAUGAUAAAAUGGGUCUCAAAGCAGGGUUUCUGACUUGACGUCUUCCUAUAACAGAGAGAGGCUGUCAUGUUAUCGCCUAGUUGCCCGAACACAUUUUGCACAUCAUCUAUAUUCUUUUAAUUUAUGUGCUCGGUGAUGAAGUCCAUUUCAUAUUGUAUUUAAUCUAUCCUGCUCCUAAUGCUAGUCUGUGUUGUGUGUAGAGUCUUUGAAUUCACUGUAUGCGUUGAAAUGCUGUGAAGUCCCUUUAGUUUGGAAGUUCGGCCCCUGUGCAUGGAAUGGUGAUCUUUGGUCUUGGCCGCCUACUAAAAUAACUUGAACCCAUUCUAGGAUGACAAUAAACUUUGGAGAAUGUAAUGAGAGAAGUGAAGGUAUUUGCUACCUCAUGCACAUGUGCAACAAACUAUUUCUUAUUGGUAAGUGAAGAGGGACAGCAUGAAAUGAUUUGGAGGCAUACAUCACGAGUAAGGGGGAAAUAUAACAAAUGCACUCGUCAUCUCCAGACAUAAUGGAACAUCUGUUGUCAAGCGGGCUAAAACCAGAAACCACUGACUCUGUGUGCACGGGCCCUAAAAUAGGGGGCCUAGUUCAAGCCAGGGUUGUCUGCAUCUCCCAUUUAGGCAGACUUACCCUGUUUCAUGCCCACUGAUUCAGUGGAAACCAUUACAGACAUUCAGUCUAAUAAGUGUUUCUCAACCUGUGCAUGUGCUUCAUAUCUUUCCAGUAUGGUAUUUACUGACUGUAGCCUCAAAAAGAUUAUGACUGAUCAUUAAGCUUCAAUAGCACAUGGCUGGAGUGAAUUAAUAUACUGUACAUUUACCAUACAGCCACUUCACCAUACAAUACUCUAAAAACGUAGGCAUACUGUAUGUACAAGAUAUAUAGCAAUUAAUAGUUAGAAUAUUCAUAAUGUUCACUUCAGUCCACUCAAUCUAACUAACCAACCUAACUGAGGUUGACGUGAACACCAAACCAGCACACGCAGUGGGUUGAGAGGCCUUUAACUGCAGGUCUUAGACAGCCCUUUAAAUGUCACUGUUUACCAGUUACUGUAUUCUUCAGGUCAGUACACUGCCUUGCAGAAGACAUACUACACACUUACCUGCCAGAGAGACUGUUCCAACUAAUCUAUGUAAAUCACCACAGCACACAGUCCAAGCAAAAAGAAAAAUAUAUGUUUAUAUUGGUCUUGUGUAAAAGCAUUUGCAGUCCUGCAGUGCACAUUAUUUUUUGUUGAUGCUAUAUACAAUAUCCCAUAAUAGUGAUGUAUUUUAUUCAAAUCACGUGUCUGGUGUUAAGCCACUCUCAAUCGUUGCAGCAGGGGUGACUGGUUAGCAGUCAGGAAUGAUAGAUUUUGAUUCCUAUGUUACAAUGUUUGCUGCGUACCUGUUCACAAAGAUCUGUAACACCCUGCAUUUGGGAACACUAAUCAUGUCUGUGUUUAAUCUUGUUGAGUGACCACCACAUUUAUUUUGUUUUCAUGUUGCGGUGCUCCGCAAAGUGAAAGAGUCGUCAUUGGACAAUGGAAUUAAUGCAUGAGACAGUCAUGCACUGAUCCUGUAAUAUGGCAGACUGCAGUGUGUUUGAAAGUGAAAUGUGUUUAUUUGGGGGGUAUUCUGUUAAACAUAGACUUUCAGUGGGCAGAGAGAUAAACUGGUCUGCCAAAGAUAAGCCCUAAGUACAGGGAAAGCCACAAGUGAAGAUGUGACCCAGUGGAAUACUUUAAUUGUUCUGUAUCAGACAGAGUUUUAGUAUGUGCUGAUCACAUCUAUUGGAUAUCUGAUGCGAAAGUCAGUAAGGUCAUGUAAGAAAGUGCUGUGUUGAUGGUUGUGUGAUAUUUUGGGAGGAGCGAGCUUCUGUCCUGGUGUUUCGCCUCGUUUCUCUUCUUGGUGGCAUGAUCCCUUUGCUGUGCGGCUGAUCCACCUGCAGUCGCUGCCGCCUCCUGUCCCCCCACUCCAGAGCUUGUGCCUUUUUCUGUUCUCUGAUUUCUUUGUAAAUCUGCACUUUAAAUACAGUAUGGUCAUUAGCAAA